UAAUCCGUUCAUUAUCUUAAGACGAAAAAUAUUUCCAAACAAAAAAUAUGGUAAACUUACAGUUUUACGCGCAUACGUUGAAUGGGCUCGUUACGAUGAUGUUCGAGUACAAUACAGUAAAUCGUAAUUUGUGAUGCUUCGUAAUAGAUAUUUUUUUGUCUUGCCAUUUUACAAAUUUGACAGCCAACCAAAACUCAAACUGGUUAAAGCAAUGAAAGUUUUACUAUUGACCGUACUUGCACUGUUACUCUCGUUGAACUUGGCGAAAUGUCAAUCGUACGACUCCGGUCACCGUCAUAACACUGACGAUCCCUUUUCGUAUUUCGGUUCGAAAACAACGUACGAUGCGGUGUCUGCAAAACAAGACUUCACUCAACCAAGUAAGUAUACCAAGACCAAAGUAAAUACCUACAAAUAUUAUGGACGUAAUAGCGUUAUGAAGAAUUUAGUAAUUUUUUAAAUUUUGAGUGGAUCGAAGAAGCUUAAGGUUUUACAAAGAUGUUUAUUUUUUUCCUGUGAACAAUUUUUAUACCAGCGAUUUUGCUUAGAUUUACAAUUAAAACACUUUUUCUGUGGAAAAUCUGACUGGGAAGGUACUUUAAGAAGGUCAUUUUUUCGAUUUUCCCAAGAGUUUUCCCAGCAAAUUUGAAAAACCGGGAAGAAACAUAGAAAACCAGAAAAAUUUAGGAAAAAUGGGAAAAUCAGAUCAAUAUUAAACAAAAAUAUUAUUAAAGAAAAUCUAUAAUGCCUAUUUUAUUAUUUUACCAUAAUAUGACACAUAUAUUGUUGAAAAAGUGACACGGUCUACUGAAUUCCGCUCAGAAUCGUUAUUGAGUUGGAAAUUGCUCACAACAUUAAAUUCUCUUGUGUAUCCUACCUUCCAAACUCCCACCUAUAACAUUGGCUGCACCCGUACCCAUUAUCCUAGAACGGAUUUUUUUUUUUUUACAUUGUAUUCGUGCGCAAAUUACUGACGGUAAUAAUCAGAUAAAAAGAUUUCGGUUAUGAGGAGUUACGUUAUAAAACGUGAUAAAACCAUGCUUACACGCGUGAAACGGACAAAGUACCAAUUAACAAGAAAAAAAUAAAAUAAAUAAUAUUAUAAAGAUAAAACGCACCCGAAAAAAAAAACAAGAAAUAUUUCAAAAAGGAAUUUCACGGGUAUACAAAAUAUAAAUCUGCACGAAAAUCAGCAAGGAAAUUUCAAAAUGUACAUUUUUUUUUUAUCCAUGUACACAAUUUCAAGUGGAUCACCUUUCAGAAAGCAAAUUUUAUUUAACUAGUACUUAAGUGAGGUCAUUUUUUGAUUUUCCAAGCGGUUUUCAUAAUGAUAGGAAAAAUGUACGAACAUUUUGUUUUUUUGUUAUAAUUCAGUUAAACAUUUUUCAUAGGGACUUGAAGUUUCAAAAGAAAAUUUAUAUUUGACUUAUUUCACAUUUCUAUAUUUCUAGACGUGGUCAAAUUUUCAAAACAUUCGAACUUUUUUUGAGCUGUUUAUAGACAUUUUAAUUUUGCGAGUUUUUCACGUAUGUUUUUUCGUUUGACUAAACAAAAAUGCUUGAAAAUUUAAUUGAAGGUUCGUCUAUAAGUUGUACUUAGUGAUCAACAAGAAAAAGUUGAGUUUCAUGCAGUGACGCUGUGGACCAUUUUUUUUUUUUUUUGUGGGGGUAGGAGGGACAAAUAUUAUUCACCUCAUUUUAAAAUCAUUAAAAUUAUUAAAAGUAGUAAUUUUUUUUUAUAUAACAAUUUUAAUAUCAAGUUUUGACGAAAAUCGUAAAUAUUACUGUCUUACAUAUGUAUAACCGAACUCUACUCAGAAUCGUUUUUCGUUAGUAAUGAUUGAUCGUUACGUACAGAAAUACAUUAAAUUCUCUCUAUAUCUUACCUUCUCAACUCUUCAUAUACAAUAGUGGCCCAUCCAUCGUACGAAAUAUAACCGUUUUUUUCUUGGUUUUAUUUUUUUUCAUACAUUUCGUUAAAAUAUUCUACUUUUUAGCGAUCCUUUAAAUACUGUGCGUGCGCCGUCAUCCUCUUAAAAUCCGCCAAUGCCCGAAUACGUUUCUUUAGGUAAAGGCGGGCUAGGUAACCAAUUUGUUUAACUAGUUUAAGUUGAGUUGUUCCAAAAAAUUAAAAUAAGAAGUUAAUUUGAGUAAAAAAUUUAAGUUACAAAUGUUUAGAAAAAUAAAAAAUAAAAAGUUAAUUUUUUUUUAAAAUUACUUACUAAACUCGUUAGCAGUUUUUUUGUACAUUGUACUCGUUGAAUGGAAAACGACUAACCAAUACAAGAAUCGCGUGAGGUCAUAUUAUGUCCGUUAUGUGAUAAUGGUAUUCAUAUUUUCCAAAAAAAUACAUAAUUUUCGUCGAACAAUAUAUAAAUACAAAAAACAUAGGCACACAGUUUUGUAUACAAAAUAGUCGUUUAUAACUUUUUAGAAAUAACUUCAGUUUUAACAUUAAAGUUUUAAUUUUAAUCAGUUUUAAAAUUAUUUGUUAAAAGAAAUAAUUAAGUUAUUUUCUAACAUUCUGUUUUUUUUUCGUUUAAAAACUUAAGUUAGCUAAUAAUUUUAAGUUAACUUUCAACUCUUUAACUAUAGUCACUGUUCAGACAGGCAAACAAUAAAUAGAACAAUAAAUCAUAGAACGUACAAACAAAUCAAACGAUCAAAUGCCUACAAUGUUGUUUAAGCUCGACGAAACGCACACAAAGUAUCUAUGCGCAAAUCAAAAACGUCCGGUUCAUUAAUUACAACACGUUUUACGAAAAAGUACACAAGUCGGUGACCUUCAAAAUAAUGAUAAUGAGUACUUACAUCCGUAUCUACGGGUUACCUAGCUAUUUGAAUAGUAUUUAGAGCAAUCGAACCGUCGUCAUGUAAAACAAUGCGGUGUUCAUAAUAGUACGGUAUUGAGUCGGUAACUAAUGAUCUACUUGUUAAAGUAUAAAUUGUGUUAUUUUUGUUUUUUUAAUUUUUCCCAAAAUUAUUAUUAUUAUUAUUAUUAUUGCACUGUAUUAUGUCUGUUAUGUAUAUGCAGGGUGUCCCAAGAAGAUAUACGCAAUAUUUUUUUUAAGAUAGUAAAGUAAAGAUAAUCAAAUUCUGUUUUUUUUUUUUUUUAUAUAUAUAUAUUACUCAAGGCUAAGAAAUCAGACGAAUUUAUAUUUGAAUUAAAUUUUUAGACAUUGAUAAAAACAAUUUUAAAAAAUAACUUUUUUUUUAUUGUUUUCAAAAAAUUUGAAGAUAACCUUUUUUUUCUAAACUUUAAAAAAUUACGAAUUUAAUGUAAAUAAAUAGUUAAAAAUCAACAUUUUCAGAAGAAUAAACUCUAUGAAAUAAUCUUCAAAUUUGUCGAAAAUAAUAAAAUAAAAAUGUAUAAUUUAAAUUUUUUUACCAAAACAUAACAAUUAAAUAAAAAUAAAAAUAUUGGUAGUCCUUAUCGCUGUGAGUAAUUUUAAAGAAAAAAACGGAACUUGAUUAUCUUUAUGAUCUCCGGAGAUAUGACAAUGGAUAAUUAAUGUUCGUGGCGCACUCCCUGUACAGUUAAAACCUCCUCUAACGGGCACCUUUCGGCUGACGUUUUUUUUGGGAGCGGAUACAUUUUCACUACUUUUUAACGGGAAAACUCCCGAAAGUGGACACUAUUUUAAUUUUAAUUAAAAAAUAGUAACAAAAUGACGAUACCAAAACGUAUUCGCAUAAGUAUGUACUCUCGUAAUAAUGUAAUAACGAUAACAAACUCGAUAAGAUUAUGAAUAGCGGACACCUAUAAUUACAGUGAAUUACAGUACAAAUUCCAUAUAACAAUCACCGUAGGGAUCGGAAAUAAUGUCGGCUAUUUAGUGGUGACCGUCUUUUAGAGGUGUCUUGUAAAGACAUAACACUUGACGGAACCAAAAAAAAAAAAAAUGACCGUUACAAAAAGGUGACCGUUAGCGGAAGUUUUACGGUAUUAUUAAAAACAAUGACAAAACGGUGACAGCGUUAGGUUUAACGAUAAUGGACUCGUUCAACAAACUCAUUAUCGAACGGUACGAUAAGAAUACGACGACUAACGACGGUUAUGACGAAAAUUAUGUCUUGGCUGCAAAUGUUUUGUUUGUUUUGUUAGUCAGUAAUUUACUUUUCGAUAAGUGACGAGUGAGUAUGACUUUGCGAUGAGUGGACUAAAGCGGAAGAGGUUGUCGCUUCGAGAAAACAUCGGAAUUCUCGACUUACGUUAAAACAACAGAAAUGUAGGAAUUCGUUUUCUAACAGGAAUUUUUGAAGUCAAAAAUAGUCAAUAUUACAUUUAUAUUACAUUUUUAUAACAAGAUUAUAAUUAAAUUUAACAUACCGCAAAUGUUUUCAUUUUACGCAUUAUGAAUUUCAAAAAUUUAGCCCUCUGAAUAACGGACACUUCUGAAUAGCGGACGAAAAUUCGGCGACCGAGGGUGUCCACUAUUCAGUUGUUUCACUAUAUUUCCCGCUAUUUUUGAAUAUUUUUAGCAGUUCUUUCCGGAUCAAAUGAGCUUAAACUUGGAAAGUUGAAAAGUUAUUUUAUCGGCGAGUUAAAGUGAUAUAAACCAUGGUUGUUGAGGGAGAAAGAGUUUUUAAACUUUGCACACACCUACAGACCGCUUAAAUGAAGCCAAGGUGAUGCAAUUUUGUAUAUGCAUUACAAACGCACUUAUCAAUGAUGUACAUUUGAAAGGCUUCAACUUAAAUCUCCGCUCUUACUAUUUUCAGGCUUAAAUUUUACCACUAUUUCGGAUUUAAUGCAAUUUUGUAAUAUUAUAUAUUACUAUAGUAUUUGGUUAUUUAUAGUUUUAGAUAAACUACUUCUGUAAUAUAAAAUAUACGAGAGUAAAUUCGACUCUAUAAACUUUAUUCCUCGAUAUAAUAAUAUUAUGACGUUAAUAUCAGUUGAUUAAACAUAUUAACACAGUAUAUUAUACUGAAGUACACGCGUCACGUAUAAUAUUAUUAUGCGCUUGUUGACACGUUCACUCGAUUAUCUGAUACGUUGGUGCAUUAAGACAAUUUUUUUUUUUUUUUGAUAAUGGUCUCCAAAUAUAACCACUCGACCUACUUCUAGUUUGAUAUAACCCCGAGCCUAUACGCAAUAAUGGGAAGGAAUAAUGUGUGCGUCGUAUAUGUAGAGCAGCGGUUCCCAACCUUUUUCAGCCUCGGAGCCUUUUUUAAAAAAAAAGUUUCUCGUGGAGCCCCCAUAAAAUAUUUAACGUUAAUUUGUAUCUGCCUAUGUUCUAUCUUCUAUGAAGUAUAAUAAACACGAAUUGUAUAUAUACAAGAGUCAAAAUAAAAUUAUAUUUUUGAAUACAGGUGAAACAAUAGCAAUAAAAGAACUGCAAAAAAUAUUAUUUAUUAUUUAAAUUUACAAAAUGUCUUAAUGUGAGCAUUGGGCCUGCUUUUUACUACUGAGUUUGUCGAUGUCCGGUGUCACAGAAGUCAAUUGAAGACGCAUAUCGUUUUCUGCAUCCAAACGUGCUCGAUAUUUUGUUUUUGUAGCUUCGAAAAAGCCGUUUCACAAAGAUACGUAGUACCAAAAGGCAGUAAAAGCAGUUUAGCUUUUGAACUUAAUAUUGAAUGAUCUUCCCCUAAUUGAGCCCAAAAUUCAGNGUUUUGACGUCACUAAAAAUGGAUUUAUGAUCCAUUCAUAGUUUUUUCGAAUUGAUUCUUGAGCAUCUUUUGGAAAGUAUAAAUUCAAAUUUUGAAGCAAAUAAUUAAGGUGUUCUUUAAUUAUUUCUAAUAAUGGUUCAUUCAUUGUUAAAUUGUUUUCUUGUAAAAAGUUUGAAGUAAUUGAAAAACAUGUCAGGUCUUUUUUGUCGACGCUUUCAAUGUAGAAUACUAUUUUUUUCUUUAACGCAAAAUGUUAUCAUUAGCAUCAAAUAUUGUCUUAUGUUUUCCUUGUAUAGAUGUGCUAAAUUUAUCAUCGUUUCGUAUUAUCUAAAAUUCUAAAAUUAGAUAAUUGUAUACAAUUUUCUUAUCGGUAUUUUACGCAGUAUACAUAUCGGUGAAUUAUGGCAUUCAAGUCUUCAUGAAAUAUAUAUUCAUUUUAAAUAACGAACAAUUUUUAAAUUUGUUGUGGUGUUACGAACGGAGCUCUCGGUAAGCGAUUGCGGAGCACUGGUUGGGAACCGCUGGUGUAGAGCAUUGCUAUAGAUCAUUUCGAUGGUAGGCGUGGAAUUGAUUGUUGACCCAGUGAUAUUUAAACGGGAAGGGGAAGGGGUACAAUUUUUCCUACCCGGUAAAAUAUUAUCUGCCUAUCCUAGUGAGUAUUUGUCCUGUCAAAUGUCAUAGGAGUUAAUUUUCACGAUUACACCGGCAAUUCUCAACAAUUUUUUUUUUUUGGGAUGAAAUUUUGAGAACAUAUUAUUCGUAUUGUUAACUGUAUAGUUAAAAAACACAUCAUAUUAUUAUAUUGUUUACAUUUUGAUCAUCAUUAUACAGACUGCAACCCGGCGCAGUUAUGGCUGUUGUCGAGGCACGGUACACGAAAUCCCGCUAAUGCAAUUAUCGACAAAAUCGCCAAGUUAAACGAGUACAAAUACAAAAUUACCGAAAAUUCAAGCCUGAGCAAAGACGAAAUCGAAGCGAUACAUACGUGGCAGUUAAAUUUGACCCAGACAGACAGCAACGAGCUCAAUAGUCAGGGCGUUGAAGACAUGUCAUCUCUGGGACUGAGACUUCAGCAAUCGUACGCGGAAAUAUUCAACGAACCAUAUAACAGUGGAAACUUCGAAGUAACUGCAGCACAGUAGUAAGCCUAUAUUAAAGUGCUAAUGACAUUUUAUUGUUUUACGCAGGUGUUGUCGUCGCCAAAGUCACGGUGUGUGAACAGCGCAUAUAACUUUUUGAAAUCCGCCUUUAAUAUAAAUAUCACAAACAUACCGAUAAUCAGUGGUGACGAUAUAAAACUAAACGUAACUAUAUAUUAUGAAUUUAAGGCCCAGAUAGAUUUAAUUGUUUUAAAAACUACCUAUACAUUUUAGUGAAAUUAUACUCAUAAAAAAAUAACCAAAAAUAGUGAAAAACAACUACGGUACAAGAUGAAAGUUUCACUUUUGAAGUAUCUGUUUCACAAAUCAAAUUAUACAGGGUUUAACUGGAUUAUUUGUCAAAUAAUACUGUAUGUACAUGUUCAAUACCCACUGUUGUAGGUGAAAAGUUGAGAAAGAAGAGGGGAAAUUUAAUGUAUAUCUGUUGGAAACGAUUAACCAUUGCUAACGAAAAAUUAUUUUGAGCAGCGUUUGGUUAUACAUAUUUUGAAAGGCCGUAGGUAAUAUUUACAAUUUGAAAAUAAUAAAUUUCGUAAAUUUUACCGUUUUUCCUACGGCUCUUCCAAGUUUUUCCUAUUUUUUAUGAAAACCCCUGGGAAAAUUAAAAAAUAACCACUUUAACCUUUACACCUGUCCAAUUUAACUUCAAACAAAGUACUACAUUUAAAAAUCGGAGCGACAUUUUUGAUAAAGAGUUGUUCAUAGAAAAAAAAAAUAAACACCAUUUUAAAACCAAUAAAUUACCUUUAUUAUCAAUACCUUCCUUGCUCCGCUCAGAAUCAAAAAUGAUCCUGUCAUUGCACCAACUAGAAACGAUUAUAAAAACACAUACUUUACAGUAGACUCGAAAAGAAAUGUAUAUGUAAGCAAAAACUUAGCUUGCAGUAAUGUAAGUAAUGUAAUAAAUUUUUUUUAAAAAUUAUUAGACACUGAAUUAUGUUCAAAAAUUGGUAUAAAAUAAACAUAUGUACGUUGAGUUCAAUUACUACAAGGGACGCUAAUUUUUUUUAAGUCUUAUAGUCCCUCUUCUUUUAUUUUUCCAAUUCAAGUACUGAAAAUAACGAAAUGUGAGAUUUUUACAAACAAAUAACUGUUGCAUUUGUUUUAUUUUUAUAACUACACAGAUGUCAAAAUUUAGAUCAAGUAGGGACGAAGACGAUACGAUCGGCGGCAGCAAUAUGGACGAGCGAUACGGAUACUUGGAGGAAUUACGAAAAUUUCAACACGGCGAAGAAAUGCAACGGGUACUACUCGGCGUGUCAAAAACAAUGGGGUUGAACUAUACGCUAUCUUUAGGUAGGUAUACAGGGUGAUUUUUUUUUAUCAUGAACCAGCAAUUAUCUCGGAGUGUUUAAGUGAAUUUGAUUUCGGUUUUUACUAAUCAUUAUGGAAUCGUUUAAUUUGUAUUUUUAAAUUAUUUUCAAUUGUGUACCCCUACUCAAUAAACCUUCAAUAUGUACAUGCUUUUGAUUUUUAAAUAAGAUCCCCCUCCUUUUGAACAAAUAUUUGAAGAGAGAAUAUUUUUUUGAAAAUUUCGAAAUUUAUUACUUUUCCUUAUUCCUCCGGUCUAUGCUUUAAACUGUUAUAACUAAUAAACGGAAAUCUGAUAUUACUAUUAUGCAUAUCAAAAUUUCUAGAAAAAUAUUCACUAUUCAAAUAUGUGUGCAAAGGGGGUUCCUAUUUGAAAAUCAAAAGUAUGUACUUAUUUAAGGUUUAUGAAGUGGGGGUGAAAUUUUAAAAUGGUUUUAAAAUAAAGCUUAAACAAUUUCAUAAUGAUUAAAAAAACCAAAAAUUAAAUUCACUUAAAAAACUGCGAGAUAAUUGUUGGUUCGUGAUAAAAAAAAUCAGUCUGUAUAUUUUAAAAUCGUAUUCAUAUUUUAUAUACGGUAUUAUACGAUAUAGACACUGUAUUGGUAAUGUACGAGUCGUGCCGAUACGAAAAAUCGUGGCACGUGCGUUCCCAUCCGGCGUGGUGCGCGGUAUUCUCCCAGGACGAUUUGGAUGUAAGAAAAAUUACUUUAAUAAAAACUACGAUCCGUAGCGAUUAUUUUAUGUUAUACAGUGUUCGAAGUUAUCUAGAUAACUAUUUAUUCGUCUUUUAUCUUAUCUAGAUAAAUAAUUUGAAGCUAUCUAAAUACAUUUUCUCAGGCAAAUAUUUCAUUUUUUAGAUAAUUUAUUCAAAUUAUUGUCGAACUUUCCCCGAAAAUAGAAUCUAUUGCACUGUAUUAUGUCUGUUACGAUCAAAGUGUUUAUUUGGGUUUCGUACUACAAAACACAGUAUAAUAAUAAACGAUAAUAAACAAUAAUCAUAAUAAAAAUCAAUCAAACCUUUCAAACCCUUUUUCAGGUAUUUUUUUUAUGUUUGAAUUUCAUGUUUCGACAAAAAAUACCGAGUUUUAAAUGCUCGUACGAUUAAAAUGUUUUAACUCUGAAAAUUAUUUUAGUUAAAAUAUAGGCAAAAAGUGAAAUAUUCUUGCAGCGAUAAGUCGGAUGAGAUAAAAUACGAUACUAUACUACUAUAGUGACGGAGCUUUCCUAAUCAAAUUUUUUUUUUUUGUUUUACGAGCAAUUUAAAAUAACCAGCAUUAUUGUCUAAACGAAAAUAUUUUUAUUUUUAUUCUCUAUUAAAAAUAUUAAUAAUAUUAUCAAUUAUAAAUAAUAUAGAUACGUGUUAAUAAAUAAGUUAUGCUGUUAAAUUAAAUUUAUUUCAAGCUUUUAUAACUUUGGCAGUUUUUCGUUUAUUCUUUAGUAAUACUAAUCACUUUGCUUCACUUCAGUGAUUCUAUACUGUAGUCAAGCUAAAUGUGCCUACUACAAGAACAAGAUUUAAAAUAAACAAGUUUGUUAGUCAAGGUUAAAUUAAAGUUAGUUUAAUUUUAACUUUUAAUCGAGAUAAUAUGAAAGAAAAUUAAACUAACUUUUAAUUUACGUUAUUUUUUUUUAUCGAGUUUGAAAAUCCAUAAACUUACCCAGUCAACCUCAGCUUUGCUUUUGUAACAUGAAAAAACAAUACAUUUAUCUGAAUACAAAUGUAUUAUAAAUACAUUAUCUUUUAUCUUUAUCUAAACAAAUUCGAUUUCUUUUUAAAUCUUUUAUCUUCGCCUAGAUACGUUUUCAUGAAUUUUAAACGUUAUCUUUAUCUAGAUAUUUGUAUAGUUAUCUAAUCCGAACACUGCGUAUAAACGUGUAUUAUAAUUAUCUAUUGCGUGUGUGUGUGUGUAUGCAAUUCUGUAGGUUUUGGAGUACAGAGAAGAUUUACACUAUUAUUAUUCGACUGGAUACGGCGACUCGUUUAAUGAACGUCUCGGUUGUCCGGUCAUAAAGGAUCUCGUGGCCAAAUUUAGGUAAGUGCCUACUUAUAUAAACCGCGGGUCAAUCAGAAUUUAAAUUUUCUUUCAAUAUAAAUAUUAAAUAUAAUAUGAUAUACUAUAUCCUAGUACUUAGUUUAGUUUAAAUUCUUCUAGCUUGUAAAACCAAUCGCUCCGCUUAGAAUCCAAAAUAAUAUUAUAAAAUACAUUGAUUUCGUUAGUCGUCUGUAUAUUAUUACUUAGAUACAAAUCCCGAACGCGUCUCGGCCCAAAAGGUGUGUUCUAUUUUGCCCAUUCAUCCAACAUACUGGGCGCCAUCGUUCGGCUGGGCUUUGCCAGAGACCUCUGGAAUCUGACCAGCGAUAACUACGACAAAUUGCGUGGCCGUCAGUGGAGGACGUCGUACCUGAGCCCGUUCGCGUCCAACCUAAUGGUCGUGCUCUAUGAGUGUCUGGACGGCUAUAAAGUGACGUUUUACGUCAACGGUAACCCGGCGGUCGUCGAGCAAUAUGGGUGUACCCUGUGCCCGUGGCAGGUGAUCAGCAACAUGCUCGAUCCGAUCGUGUCCAGUCCAUCGUGCACGUUCCAAGAGACCUCGCGAGCAGUUUCGGCGGUCAUCCCGAAAGUAAUUGCUGUUAUCGUAGCGCCGGUCAUCGUUCUCGUUCGUUCGUUAUUUUUAUAACAGUGACAGGGGCGAUACGAACCCCCCUCCAAAAAAAAACCCCCAGAAACAACCUAUAAUUUACCCGGCAGUACCCGCCCACCAAUAAUUUCCAUCACUCGCAAUAUAUAUGUCAAAUUCACUUACUUUUACUAAAUUAACAGUAAACGUUGAGUACUACUAUUUAGUAUUAUUAUUAUUUUUAAAAAAUCGAGAAGCCACCACUACUUUACUAAAUUACCAAUUACUAAAGAAUACUGUAAUUUACGGUGUAAAUUUAAGUGUAUUAUUAACACUUACGAUGAAUUAUGAUAUAGAAGACAAUAUUCCCGAGGCUCGUAGAUGCAAUUUUCGAUGCGAUGGUGUAGUUAUAAUUUUAUCCCGGGGAAGAGGACGGAUAGUCUGUAAGGUAAACGUCAUCUGAACCCUCCCCCCCCCAUAAAUGUAACGAAUUACUAUUACUACGAAAUUUCCCGAUUUUUUCCCGCAUCCAAUUUCACGCAGUAUCUGCCUUAAAAUAUGUGGAUUUUUUGAAGAUACAGUUGUAAAAAACACGAAUUUGACUCAUACUACUCAAUCAAUGGCGUUCUGGAAUAUAACUGCAAGCUAAAUCUUAAAAACAAUGGUAUUU